UUUGUGUUAACGUGAAUAAGGUAUUAACAUCUUAGUUUGAAUAAUAAACAGAUUCAGCGUAAAAUAGCUCAAUAUGAGCAAUAAUGUGGAAUCGGCUGGUGAGACGAUUAUCGAGAUGGAGAUCACGCCUCUCACCAGCAGUCCCGGCGACGUCCUCUCGCCGCCGGACAGACAAACAGAAGAAAACGUCAUGAGCCUUGCAGACGCAAUAGAAUGCGACGACUUACAACAACUGAAGAAGUUUCAGGACCAGUACCUCACCGACUCCAAUAACAGCGAGCAAAAGCCCGCCAAAGAGCACAAAAAAAGCUUUACUGUUCUAUUGAAACAAAUUUUGCAGGUUGUUGAAUAUAAGACUCUCUCAGUUAAGAGCAGAAGUGGUAAAACUGCCCUACACUUGACCAUAGAAAAGAAAUAUGACAAAUGUUCUCAAUCAAUUAUUGAAAAAUUUCCACAGACGCUCUUAGAAACGGACAAGAAAGGUGAUACUCCAUUACAUUAUAUGAUCAAAUACGAGCGCACAAAGCUGUGUUCGAGCGUUAAAGAUUUUCUUACUGAAGAAAUUAUACAUAAAAAGAACGAAAAAUCGAUUACAGCAAUGCAUUCUGCGGCGGUCGAACGACGUCCUGAAAUCAUGAAAAUUUUGCUCGAGAAAGAAGGAGACCCAAGAAUAUUAACUAGCCAUAAAUAUACUCCCCUCCACUUCGCCGCGCAAUACGGCUCAGAGGAAUGCGUUAAGCUACUCCUAGCAGCAUGCAAAGAAAACGGCCAGGAAGGGGCAGAAAAACGAACAAACAAACGCCCAGGACGCCCAAGAAGGGAGAGAAAAGAGAUUGAAUGA